GUGAACACAUCUGUGAAUUUUUGUAAACAAAACAAAUUUUGAUCAGUCGGAACGUCAUAGUAUAAUCAUGGAAAAAAUAUCAAAAAGUGACCAAAAUGUUCUGCAAUUGAUUCUAAAUCCAAGUUUACCUGUGAAUGUGGAAGAAAAUGUCCGAGAAGACCUGGAUGUUCAAUUUGACAAAGAAGAACUUUCAUUUGUGAAGAAAUUGGAGACAAACGGGGUGAAGUUAGCAGAAGAGAAGAAGUUUAUCGAAGCAAUGAAAUUAUUUGAUGAAGCGAUUGAAAAACUUCCACUCCGAGCUUCAGGAUUUAACAAUCGCGCUCAAGUUAAACGUCUAAUGGGAAAUAUUGAAGGUGCUUUGGAAGAUUUGGACACAGCUAUUGAGUUAAGUGGGGAACGUGGAAAGGCUGGCGAGUUUGCUCUCGUUCAACGAGGAAUGAUUAGGAAGUUAAAGGGACAGAAAGAAGACGCGUUCGAUGAUUUUAAAAAAGCAGCGGAUCUUGGAAAUAAAUUCGCAAAACAAGAGAUAGUGGCUUCAAACCCCUAUGCUGCACUGUGCAACCAAAUGCUCAGCAAAGUAAUUGGGGACAUGCAGAAAGGAAAUACAGCCUGACUUAUACAUUCAACUACACAUACCUUGUUUCAAUCGCUUUGUUUUUGAUCAUUCUGUUUAUAAUUUUAAUUAUGCGUGGACACUUAUGCCUGUAUAACACUGUGUCAAUACACAACUUUUUGAAGAGCAA